AAGUGAUGUCAGCAGGAAAGAUGGCGGAGAACAGAUUCGGGCCGCAAUGUCCCCCAGAGACUGGAGCGCAGGCGGGUGUAGUGCGGGUCCCUCAAGGCUGGGCCUGUCUGCUCGUGCUUUUCUCUCUGCUCUGGACAGUGGGGCCCUCGGGGGCCACAACACACUGGGUGGUGACUGAGGACGGCAAAAUCCAGCAACAGGUGGAUUCGCCCAUGAACUUGAAGCACCCUCACGACUUAGUGAUCCUCAUGAGACAGGAGACCACCGUUGGCUACCUGAAGGAUUUGGAGAAACACCUUGUAGCUCAGAAAAUUCACAUCGAGGAGAAUGAAGAUCGGGACACGGGGCUGGAACAGAGACACUACAAAGAUGAUCCCGACUGUGUCCUGGCCAAAGUGCCCCUGGGUGACAUGGACUUGUAUGAUGGGACGUACAUGCCACUGGAGGACAAGAAUAUUAGCCCAGAAGAUUACGUGGAUUUACAUAGCCCCAUACCUCCAGACCUGAAGCAGCCCGACUGCACCAGCAUCAUAGCGCUUCCUUUCAGCAUUCAUGCUUUUCAGCACCUUCGGGGAGUUCAGGAAAGGAAGAACCUCUCCGCUCCGCUGCUACCUAAAGAAGAUCCUAUAUACAGCUCACUGUCCCACAAGAUGGGGAAGAAUGUGGACGCCAUCGGUCAUACAAUACACGAGGCCCUUGUGAAGAAUACAACUUCCUGGGUCUUGUAUAACAUGGCGUCAUUGUAUUGGAGAAUAAAGAAUGAGCCUUUCCACGUGGUCGAAUGCGCCAUGAGAGCGUUGCACUUUUCUUCAAGGCACAACAAAGAUAUUGCACUUCUGAACAUUGCGAAUGUCCUGCACCGAGCCCAUUUCUCGGCUGAUGCUGCUAUCCUGGUUCAUGCUGCGCUCGAUGUGUCUCCGGGGCUGGAUGUGUCUACUGACUCCUUGGUCAGCCAUUACACCCUGGGGAAUAUAUAUGCGAUGUUGGGGGAGUAUAAUCACUCCGUAUUGUGCUAUGACCGAGUCCUGGAAACGCGUCCUUUCUUCUAUGAGGCUGACAAACGGAAGAAGGCCGUCUUGUGCCAGCAAAAGCUGGAGCAGAAGUUGGAGGCACAGCACAGGUCGCUCCAGAGGACUCUGAAUGAGUUGAAGGAAUAUCAGAAGCAGCACGACCAUUACCUGAGACAGCAGGAGGUUCUGGAGAAGCAUAAGCUGAUCCAGGAGGAGCAGAUCCUCAGGAACAUCAUCCACGAGACACAAAUGGCCAAGGAGGCUCAGCUAGGAAAUCAUCAGAUUUGUCAAAUCAGCAGCCGUAAGCACGUUCUGCACUGCCCGUGGGACUUGCCAGUACGUUACUACCGAGGAGAUAUCUUUGAAAACGUGGAGCAUGUGUUGUUUGGUGAUGACACUUCCUCAGCACCGAUGACCUCUGUCACUUUAGACCUCCAGGCAAAUCAGAGUAUUCUGCUGCAUCGCCCCCCGGUCUCACGUUCUGCAAUAAAAGUUUGGGGUUUGGACGCAGCCGCGUUUCAUCAAGAAACAGACCAUCUAUGGCCCAAGAAGGCAGACUGUGCCAAAACGUUCCCAGCUGUGCCUCCACCUGAAGAGCUUCCAAAAUACCACCUACCUCCCGGGCAGCCUGGUCUCAGUGUCAGCCCAGCUGUCUUGAAGCAGAUAGAUGCAGGAAGCGAUCAGCUCACUCCAGAUUGCACGUCCGUUCCGGAAAUGGGCAAAAACGAGACUCUGCAGAGGCUGCUAAUGGAGGUGGAAGGGCGGCUGGACCUGCAGCAGCUGAAACCAGACAGACAUGCACAGCAGGCCCUGCAGUCUCUCAUCAAAAACCUCAGCGUAUCUGAAGAUGAACUGAAGCUUUCUUUAUAUCACUCUCUUGCUCAGCCAGCGGGGCCUGUGUGGUCCGUCCUGAACGAGGCCGCUCUGUACUGGCGAGCCGUAGGAAACUGUACACAAGCCAUCGCCUGCCUGCGCAGGGCACUGAACCUGGCUCCAGCUCAACACCAACAUAUUCCACUGGUGAACCUGGCCAACUUACUAAUGCACCACGGGCUUCACCUGGACGCCAGCAAAUUAUUGGUACAAGCAAGGUCCUUAGAUCGCUCUGAGCCUCUGACGUUGCUGAGCCUGGGCAACGCGUACCUGGCGCUCAAGAACCUGUCUGCCGCUCUACGAGUCUUCCGUGAUGCUCUGGAUCUGAACAGAGGAUGCCCAGAGUGCACAGACAGCCUGCAAAUGAUCCGGUGCCUGCAGCUGUACCCGCUCCUGUACAAUGCCACCUCCUCCGCGUGCAGCGGACACUGCCACCCUCAAGAUAGAGCGCAGACCGUGCAGAAAUACCUCCAUAGUUAUACACAAGAAGCUGACAAAUCGGCCCUGGACCAGACGGCAGACUCGAGAGCCGGCUCCGCGUUGCAUCUAGAAAAUGUCGUAAUUUCUGAAACCAACAACACAGAGGAGCCGACGCCCGACGCGCCGAUGUCCGAAGAGAUGUUGGCUCUCGUGGACGAGUUUGAAAACUCAUGGCCCCUGGAAGCUUUCGAGGGUGCCCUGGAGCUGAAAGGUCGCCGUAUGGACCUCCAGGGCAUUAGAGUCCUGAAGAAAGGGGCUCAAGAUGGUCAAUCGGGGUCCUGCUUUGGAGACUGUGAUGACGACGAGGAGGCUGAAUGGAUUACUUUCCAGGUAAAACGCGUAAAGAAGCCAAAGGCGGGCGGCCCUAAUGCUGCAGACCUCCCAGAGGCACUUGGAGAAGACGUCAUCGAUGCGGAUAAUGAGGACUUACAAGCUGCACUUGAAAUCAGCGGGCCAAAAAUACCUUCCCCCGAUCCUGAAGGCAGGAGACCCGAUUACCGUAGUCUUGGGUGGCCAAGUCCUGAUGAGUGCCUAAAACUGCGGCGUGUUGAACUGUCUACUGUGGCCAGUACCUGGUUGGCAGUGUCGGCUAAAAAUAUAGAUAUCACAGAACAUGUGGAUUUUGCCACCCAGCUGCAGGAACCUGGCGUAGAGCCGCUCUGCAAUGCCAACCUGCCGCCCAGCAUGCACACGCUGGAUCACCUGUAUGGGGUAGCAAACAGAGCUUCCAUACACUACACGGGAGAGAGCCAGCUGAAGGAGGUUUUACAGAACCUCGGCAAGGACAAGUACCCCCCACAGUCUCUGGAGCUGGUGGGCACCAGAAUAAUGAAGGUGCUGGAGAAGAAUCAGACAUCGUGGGUCUUAUCCAGCAUGGCUGCUUUAUACUGGAGAGUCAAGGGCCAAGGGAAGAAAGCCGUAGACUGCUUACGUCAGGCCCUUCACUAUGCACCACAUCACAUGAAGGACGUACCACUUAUCAGCUUAGCCAACAUCUUCCACAAUGCCAAGUUAUGGAACGACGCCAUCAUUGUGGCCACCAUGGCGGUGGAAAUAGCGCCUCACUUUGUGGUCAAUCAUUUCACGCUGGCGAAUGUAUAUGUAGCAAUGGAGGAGUACGAGAAGGCGAUGAGGUGGUACGAGUCCACGCUGGAGCUCCAACCAGAAUUUGCCCCUGCCAAGGAUAGAAUCCGUGCCAUUCAGUGUCACCUACUAAUGAAGAAGGGAAGACGCAGCCCCUAAUCCCCCCCACCCCCACCCUCCUCCUCCUCCUGUAAUCAGUUUUUUUUUCAAAAUGGUUAUAAUGAUAAGUUUUACUUCACGGGCCGAUAGAGAAGGGUUUAGAGGGAUCUCCUCUGGGAUGCUGUAAGGGGAGGGGGCAGAUUAUUGCGUCCUGAGCUGGGCUCCUCCAUCAUGACCGUCAGCAAGAAGAAAUCAUGGACCUUCUUCUUCUUUUUUUUUUUUUUAUUAUCUUAAUUUUGUUUUUAAUUUUUUUUUUUUAAUCCGUUGCCUUAAAUUGCAUCGCUUCAAAGUGAUAUCUUGUUGAAUUAUACCUUUAUCCAGGGAUCAGGCCACCAGUUAGUACUGCACUUUAAUUAAAGGGGCUUGGCAGGAUUGAAAUUUUUCUUCUUUUCUUUUCGUUUAAAGUUUCUUUCCGUGAAAAAAAAAAAGAAAUCCAGCAGAAAGGAUGAUCCGACGAUCACCCUGCGCUCCUGUGUGCAUCUGUCAUGUAGGAGCAUAUGGCAUCAGAGCGCAGGGUCGGCGAGGUCACAUGAUCAUGUGGACACGCCACGUCGCUCAGUCACGUGGCGAUCCUGUAAGACCCUUGAAAUCAUUAGAAAUGUAGCAUUUACUCAAGCCGGCCAGGUAUGAUACGUGUGACUAUAGGCCUCAGACAUUUGCCAUGAUUUCGUCCUAAUUCCUCCUCCUUCCUGGAUGCAUAUAUUUUACCUCCCCUCCUUCCUUCUCCAGAGCAUAGACUUCACAGGGUCAAUAGGUUUUGUAAAAUAGCCUUAGGCCUCAUGCACACAACCGUAUGAAUUUUGCGGUCCGCAAAAAACGGAUCCGCAGAAAAU